CCCACUCCAAAACUCAACAUCCAAUUAAAUACCAAAACUCACAAUUAUUUUAUUCAUUUAUUCAUAUUCUUUACAGAAAAGAUCGAAGAGUCAUUAAAAUUACUUGAGAAUGACAAUCAAGAAAUCAUCCUCAAAAUCUUCUUGGUGGAAUUGUUUUAUGAUCAAUCAAGAACAACCAGUUUUGGCAAUAAAAAACGAACAACCCGUAAAAGAUCAGAAGAAAGGUGAUCAAUCCCCUUUACAAAAUUCGGUUAAGAGAAUAUCGUAUAACGACUUAAGCAGCUCGAUGCUGACCGAGGACAUAUCGAAUUCUUUAGCUGGAUCGAACUUGUAUGUUUUCACCUUAGCUGAACUUAAAGUCAUCACACAAGCUUUUUCAUCAAGCAAUUUCUUGGGAGAAGGUGGAUUUGGACCGGUUCAUAAAGGGUUCAUAGACGAUAGACUUAGACCUGGCUUGAAGGCUCAACCUGUUGCUGUUAAAUUUUUGGACCUUGAAGGUGGACAAGGUCAUAGAGAAUGGCUGACGGAGGUGCUAUUUCUUGGUCAACUAAGACAUCCGCAUUUGGUGAAGUUGAUCGGGUAUUGUUGUGAAGAUGAACACAGGCUUCUUGUUUACGAGUAUAUGCCACGUGGAAGUUUAGAAAAUCAACUCUUUCGAAGAUUUUCGGUCUCUCUGCCAUGGUCAACGCGUAUGAAGAUUGCUCUAGGAGCUGCGAAAGGGCUUGCAUUUCUUCAUGAAUUGAAAGUCCCUGUUAUAUAUCGCGAUUUUAAAGCAUCCAACAUUUUGCUAGACUCCGACUACACUGCUAAACUUUCGGACUUUGGUCUCGCAAGGGAUGGUCCAGAGGGAGACGACUCAUAUGUUUCGACUAGAGUAAUGGGCACACACGGCUAUGCAGCUCCCGAAUACCUUAUGACAGGUCAUCUGACAGCAGCCAGUGAUGUUUAUAGCUUUGGAGUUGUGCUUGUUGAGCUCCUAACAGGUCGAAAAUCAAUGGACAAGAGCCGGCCAACCCGAGAACAGAACCUUGCAGAGUGGGCUAGACCACAACUUAGGGGUGUUAGGAAACUAAGUCGAAUACUUGACCCAAGACUAGAAGGCCAGUACUCGGAAACAGGGGCACAACAGGCUGCAGAUUUGGCUUAUAUGUGCCUUAGCCAUAGGCCAAAGUCAAGACCAACCAUGAGCAUGAUUGUUGACAUCCUUGAGCCAUUAACAGAGUUUAAAGACCUGCCAGUUGGAACUACUUUCGUGUACACCGCCCCACCCGAAUUCAAGAAAUCACCUAUGCAGAGUCCUAGAGAUAGUAAAAGAGACAUCAGUAGUGGACACCACAAUAAUCAACAUGAUCGAAAGCACCGCAGGACUAGAUCUCCAACAGUCCAUUCCGAAACAGAUUUACAUAGAAACCUCGGUACCGCUAUGAUUUCACCAAAGUAACAUAUAUAUAUAUAUAGAGAGAGAGAGAGAGAUAUUACUAUAUACUAGCAUUCAUCCAUUGUUACAAACACAAACAAUAUAUGCAUCCAAAGUUGUAUAUUUGCAAAUUACAAGAACAAACGUACAUUAGUUAUUUUAAUACGAGUAUAAUAUUAUAUCAGGCAGGUAUUAUUAUUGACCA